UAUGCGGUAGAAGGCCGCGCGCGCACGUCGCGCGAUUGACUCUUGUGAUAAUAUUGAUUUUUUAACGAUUGGUGUUAUUUCAGUAGUUAUAAUCAAAACAAUGGAAUUGUUUAUUACAGAUGAUGGGAAAUACAGAAUAGAAUCACUGUCACCUACCACCUUCCCGGGAGCGCUGGGAGUAAUAAGAGAUGCAUUUUGUCAAGACGAAUACGUGUCGAUAGGAGCUGAGGUAAACAAGAACCCGAAAGCAGCUGAAGAGCUGCUAGAGCUUUGCGCUGACGCUGCGCUGGAUGGAGUCUCGUUAGUUGCCGUUGAAGUAAACACUGGAGAAGUGGUGUCGGUUUCUUUUAAUAAAAUACAGAUUCAAACGACGGAUGCGUCGGAAAAGCCAUUCUUCGAAAUAUUCGCCGAGGAGCGCUGUACCCAAGCCUCAUCCCGCUCGCUUAUACAAUUUAUGGCCAACGUCGAUGCGAGGUGCAAUUUUUUCGAAAAAUUUGGCGUUGACUGCAGCCUUGAACUGAUGUUCUUAGCGACACUCCGAGAACAUAGGAAGCAGAAACUAGCGACAUUGUUAAGCAAAUAUUCCAUAGACGUUGCAAAUAAAGUAAAAGACGGCCCGUUUGCACCGAUAGAAGUGAAAGAUCUUGGACCAAAAUAUUCCCAUUUACAACCGCGUAAGCCCACUGAAACGUAUCCAAAGAUUUGCCAAGCUAUUUGGACGUCGGAAGGUUCCCAAAGAAUCGGAAAAGUAUUAAAUUUCACCGUGCACUUGACAGUACCUCUCUCGGAGUUUGUAUUCGACGGAAAAACUUACUCGGAGCGUAUUGGAGACGACUCUGCGUUUUGUGAAGUAGCCGCAUUAAUUCUGUGACAUAAUAUUAUAUUAAUAAGAGACAAUUAUUUUAUAAAAUAUAUAAAUUAUACCUUU